AAUCAACAUACAUUUGGCAGUAUUAUUUAAAUUUUCAGGGUUCAUUGUAAAUGUCAAGCUUACUUCUCCAGAUUUUUGUGUACAGAUAUAGAAAUUAAAAGGAUCAUUGACCAGACAUUUAUUAUCAGACAUUACACUUGUAUGCAACUUAGCAAUUUAAGGAAACCCUAUGUAAUUGAUUUGGGAUUUCUUCUCCAAAUGCUUGGACUUUAUAACUGGCUGCAAGCAAGCAACAAUGCCAGUACACCAUUUGUGUGCUUGUCAGACUGAAAUGAAGCUGAGUAUUCCCCUUCAUUACCUUUAAAUACUGAGUUGAUAUUGUAGUGAAGAUUUUUUUUCAUCAAGAAAUGGGAAAAGGGCCCCCCUAGGCUGCACUUAAUAUAUAUGAUUGAUUUGUGUCUUUAAUGGAAAUCUAGGUUUUACUGUAGUCCCUUUUGUAGUUUCACCAAAGAUGUCCCAAUACAGGACAGUUCUUCCAAUCUGCAAUUUCUGUAUUAGAAAAAACUGAUGCAUAAUUUUAGCCGUUUGAUUUUGUGUAGUACAUUUUCUCUGGCAUAGCUGCAGAACUUUAUAGUAUAAUGGAAGGCAUACGAAGGAGAGAUUAUGCAAGGCUGUUAAUUGCACCUGUUGCUUUUGCUGCAGCAUCUUUUUUUCUUUGGUUUGUCUUUGCAAAUCGACCUGCAUUGAGGAAUGGUAUCACUCCUGACCUGCACUUCCCAAAGUCUUUAGAUGAUCUUCGAGAACUGGUACGAGUUUCAAGUGCAUACAAGGAAGAUCACUGGUACUAUGUUGUCUUCUUGUUUUCAUCAGCAUAUAUAUAUAAACAGACAUUUGCUAUACCAGGAUCUGCACUGUUGAAUCUUCUUGGUGGAGCCUUGCUAGGUUGUUGGCCUCUUGGCUUUCCAUUAUGCUGUGUCCUAACAGCAACUGGGGCAUCCAACUGCUUUCUCCUCUCCCGGUUAGUGGGAAAGAAAAUCAUCCAGCGAAAGUUUGCAACAAAAAUAAAUUGGUUUAGAGAGAAGAUCUCCGAGAAUGAACACCAACUUUUCCUCUUUUUAGUAAGUCUGCGAGUUUUCCCUAUGACUCCAAAUUGGCUGUUGAACAUCAUGGCACCCUACGUAAAUGUGCCACUUCUUAUGUUCUUCCUUUCGGUCUUCUUUGGUCUGUUGCCUUAUAACUUUCUUUGCGUUCAAGCCGGUGAAAUGCUCUCUGAUAUCAAGUCGAUGGAUGACAUUUUUACGCCCAAAAGGCUUUUAGCACUUAUUACAAUGGCUCUGAUUAUGUUCACACUUUCACAUUUUGCUCGGAAAAGGAAAGCCAAACACACUGAUUGAGUCUUUUGUAUAAUUGGUAGUAUUAUUUUAUUAUUAUUAUUAAUAUUAAUUUGUAUUAAUAUUAUUAUUGAGAUUACCUAACCAUUACCUCAGUAUAAGAUGUGAUACUGUAAUAUUUGCUGCAUAUAAUAAAAACAUAAUUUGCAA